GCGCACUCAGCCAGUCGCCGCGCAGACCCUGCGGACGUGCGCUUGCUGCCCUCGCGGCGCCUUGAGGUGCGCGGCUGCCGGGCCCUAGCCGGCUCCAGGUGUCUUCUAGGAGAAAACAGUAAAUAGCAUAUAUGUUGGCUGUUUGCCAAAUCAGCUGAUGAAAGAACCCUGAGUUUCUGACAUCUAUGGAGUUUAAGAACACUAUGGAGCUUGUCAGAGUGUGUUACUGAAGAACAUGAUGGAUGAAAACAAUUUUGAAAUGCUUGAGAUUCAGCAGUGUGUAGAAGCCAACAAAGUGCCUAGAAAUAGGCCGUAUAUUUGCAAUAUUUGCUUCAAGCACUUUGAAACACCAUCAAAAUUGGCUCGACAUUAUCUCAUUCAUACUGGUCAAAAACCAUUUGAAUGUGAUGUUUGUCAUAAAACAUUUAGACAACUAGUUCAUCUGGAGAGGCAUCAGCUAACUCAUAAUCUGCCUUUUAAAUGUAGUAUUUGUCAACGCCACUUUAAAAAUCUGAAGACGUUUGUGAAGCACCAGCAGCUUCACAAUGAAACCUAUCAGAAUGAUGUUAAGCAGGUCAGAAGAUUGCUGGAGGCCAAGCAAGAAAAGCCAGUGUAUGGAGUAUAUAACACUUUUACCAGCGAGGAGAGAUGGGCAUUACACCCGUGCUCUAAGCCUGAUCCCACAUACAGCACAACGAAGAGAAGAAAGAGUAUUCAUGCAUGUACAAUCUGUGGCAAGAUGUUUCCGUCACAAUCAAAACUUGAUAGGCAUGCACUUAUUCAUACUGGUCAGAAGCCUUUUAAAUGUGUCCUGUGCAGUAAAUCUUUCCGACAGUCAACUCAUUUAAAAAUUCACCAACUCACACAUUCAGAAGAAAGACCUUUUCAAUGUUGUUUUUGUCAAAAAGGAUUUAAGAUUCAAAGCAAACUUCUGAAGCAUAAACAAAUCCAUACUAAAAAUAAGACUUUUCAGACUCUUUCAUUAAAGGUGAAGAGUCCAGAAUCAUGCUCCCUGCCUAAUAAAUUAAAUACAAAGCAAGAUGGUUUUGAAAAUGGCGAUAUGGGUGAAUCUGAGAAUAAUCCACUUGAUGUCCACUCUAUUUAUAUUGUCCCUUUUCAGUGUUCAGAGUGUGAAGAAUGUUUUGAAUCAGAGCAGAUUCUCAAUGGACACAAGUGUUUUCCUGCCAGAGGUGGCAAAAUUCCAAGGAGGCUCAAAAGAAGCUACAACUAUAAAACCAUUGUUAAAAAAAUCUUGGCCAAGCUUAAACGUGCUGGGGGUAAAAAAUUAGAUAACUUUCGAACGGAGAAAAAAGUAUUUAAAAAUAGUUUCUUGAAAAAUAGUGAUCUAAUUUCUGGUGAGCAGAACUCUGAACAAACCCAGAGAACAUUUGUGGGUUCUCUUGGCAAACAUGGAACAUUUAAAACAGUUGGUAAUAGAAAGAAGAAAAUGUUGACUUUGCCAUUUUCUUGGCAAAAGCAAUUCCAGAGCCAAAAUACGGGGAAAAAUUUGAAAGAUGUCCUUAUGACAGAAAGCAUAUUAACUAGGGAUAGUUCAGUGAAUAAUAAAGACUUGUCUAUCUAUGGCUCAUCAGGUGAGGAACUCUUUAAUAACUGUGAAGUACUUCAGUGUGACUUUUCAGUUCCAAGCGAAAACAUACAUAAUGGACAUAAGAUGUUUCCUUGUGAUAAAUGUGAGAAAGUAUUUCCUUCUGUAUCCAAACUACAAAGACACUAUUUAAUUCAUACUGGACAGAGGCCUUUUGCCUGUAGUGAUUGUGGGAAGUCUUUUAGACAGUCAGCUCACUUAAAAAGACAUAAAGAAACACAUAUUGAAAAGGGUGCUUAUAGUUCUCUUUACCAAAUAGAUUUUGAAAAUAUGAACAAAUUUCUUCACUCAGGUGAUAAUGUUAGCUAUAAUGCUUCCCAACAGUGUCAGGCUCUUGGUUUUCAAAAAUAUGAGGUUUCAGAGUCAGGUCAGAUGUCUGAAAAAGAAGUUAAGGCAGAAUCACAGGAUUUCAUUCUUGGUACCCAUUGUAGGAACAAACAACCCUAUCUCUCUAAUGCACUUUUGGAAUCAGAGCAGAGCCACCAUUGUUAUAGUUAUUCAGGGCAGCCUGAGAAAAAUGAUGGCCUUCUUUACCCAUGCAGUGUUUGUUGUAAAAGUUUCCGAUCUCCAUCUAAACUGGAAAGACAUUAUCUAAUUCAUGCAGGUCAGAAACCAUUUGAAUGCUCAGUUUGUGGCAAAACAUUCAGACAGGCUCCUCACUGGAAGAGACAUCAACUUACUCACUUUAAAGAACGACCACAAGAGAAAAUAGCUGUCUUAGAUUCAGUUAUGUAACUGAAAACCAUCAACAUGCUUGUCUCUGGUCAUCUUUUAAAACAUUUUUAUCUAAAGACCUGCAUUUUGAAUGAUUGCAUAUGCAGUUGCUUGUCCUAUGUGUAAGGAGACAAGAUACAUAGAAAAUUAAUACCAUGUUUUAGGAAGUCAAAUUAAUUUUUAAAAGGAAGAACAUGAUUUAAUGCCAUAAAAUAAGCAUUUAUUUUAAUACUAUAAGCAUACUUUGGCUGUAUUGGAAGUUAUAAAUCCAUGUUACACAAACAGCCUUAUUUUUGAAAGGAAUUAUUCCUUGAGACAUGCCAUCUCCUUUAAUAUAUAUAUGUAUCUGCUCAAAAGACUGAGGCAAAAAUGGCCUUUUAGCUGGAGCAAAUAGUGCCCCUAUAUUUUAUUUUACAUGAUAGCAUAAUUUUGUCCACCUGUAGUUCGAAUUUUAUUGGAAAACAUUUUUCUUAGAGAUAAUAAAUGUAAAAAUGGAUGAAAAAAUUACAGCAUUAUUUUCGUAAAUCUCAAAGAUUAGGACUGUGAUUGUUUCACAUCCUUUUCCUCAGGUGAGGAUUCUUUUUUUUUUUUUUUUUUUUGUCCUUACUGCUAUCGUCUUCCCCCAAAGAACUUAAAAAAUAUGAGAGAGGCUAGGCUAUAUCCACAUUUAUCAUAAUUAUUCACCAGGAAUAUUUUCCAAAUGCCAUGAUUUUUUAAAAAUAUGUACACAGUUUUAUCUUUUCAGAGGAAUAAAUGCAUUUCAUCUC